CACGGCUCACCCUGGGAUUACUCCGCCAUUUUUUUGCGCGUUUCAGAAACGCGUUUUAGUUCGUGGUUUUUUAUUUGUGGAAAAAAUAUGUGAAACGCUUCUGCGACAAGCAGCUAAUUGGCAGUAUUGAAAAGCACAGGAUCCAACUCAGUGACCACACGACCAGGAAGAGCUCCGGAUUUGCUCGCUUGCGAGGAAGCGACCAGCGUGCCGAAUGCAGACGCAUGUGUUACGCAGCAGAAGUUCAGAUUUUCGCACCGCACAGAAGCAUAAUUGGCAUUGAGGACUGGAGAUUUUUGGGGUGAUCGAGUAGCAGGAGGCAACGCCGGCAGCCAUGAGUUUUUCCAGCGACGAAGUGAACUUUCUGGUUUACCGAUACCUGCAGGAGUCGGGCUUUUUGCACUCGGCCUACGUGUUCGGCAUCGAGUCGCACAUCUCGCAGAGCAACAUCAACGGCGCCCUGGUCCCUGCGGCCGCUCUGCUGACCAUUCUGCAGAAGGGACUCCUUUACACUGAGGUGGAGUGGAGCGUGGGCGAAGACGGCGAGGUGGCGCGACCCAUUGAGGGACUCUCUCUAAUAGACGCCGUUAUGCCUGAGGUGAAGCCGCCCAAGCCCGUCGUCAAAACAGAGCCGGGAAAGCCGGGGGCGGUGGACUCGUCUGUCUCCGCCGGAGGCAACCAAAACAGCGGUGCCAAGCCAGAGAUCAAAAUCGAACCUGGUACGGCUGCAGCAGGCGCAGCAGCCGGAAACAAGACCGCAGGCAGCAACACGGGCACCAGCACCCCUACGGACCAGUCCACCAGCGAGGUCGACUCUAGCGGAAAUGCGGCAAACACUGACAGCACUUACACUGGAAACAACGGAGCCGGAGGCAACCAAGCAUCCGCUGCGGGAACCAAUAGCACAAGCACACCGGCUGCAGGAGAUUCAACUGCAGCCGGCGCAGCUCAAAAGAAAUCGCAAAAUUCCAAUGAAGCAGGCAGCUCAUCUGGCGGCAAUGGAGGCAAUGCAAAUGCCACCAGCACCGAUGACGCAGCCUCCUCCACAUCCACAAACGGAAAUAGUAGCACUUCCAGCAGCGUAGAGCAGCCCUCAAGUGGGGUAAAUCCCGCCGGCGGCACAGUGUCCACCUCAAAUCCGGACGCGGCAUCAGCAGGCGGAGCCUCGUCGGCAGCCGGAGCCAAGGCGCCCGGUGGAGCGGUGACGAUCCGAGUGGGGGCCCAAGGAAACAAUGUUCAGGCAGGGUCGUCUACAGCCCAGAGUUCGGCGCCUAGUGGUACCAUCUCCUCGUCCACCGGCGGAGGCGCUGGAACUCCAGCCGCCCUUGUGCCCAUGGACAUCGACGAGAGCAUCGAAAUACCCGAAUCCAAGGCUCGGGUGCUUCGCGGUCACGAAAGCGAGGUGUUCAUCUGCGCCUGGAAUCCGAGCAGGGAUCUACUGGCCAGUGGUUCUGGGGAUAGCACUGCUCGAAUCUGGGACAUGUCCGAUGCGAACGCCAACUCUAACCAGCUAGUGUUGCGGCACUGCAUCCAGAAGGGCGGCGCCGAGGUGCCCAGCAACAAGGACGUCACCUCCCUGGAUUGGAAUUGCAACGGCUCUCUACUGGCCACCGGUAGUUACGACGGCUACGCUCGGAUUUGGAAAACCGACGGCCGGCUGGCCUCCACUUUGGGCCAGCACAAAGGUCCGAUCUUUGCACUGAAGUGGAACAAGUGCGGCAACUACAUCCUCUCUGCGGGCGUGGAUAAGACGACGAUCAUCUGGGACGCAUCCACGGGCCAGUGCACGCAACAAUUUGCUUUCCAUAGUGCCCCAGCCUUGGACGUUGACUGGCAGACAAAUCAGGCCUUCGCAUCGUGUAGUACGGAUCAGCGGAUCCAUGUGUGCCGGCUGGGGGUGAACGAGCCAAUCAAAACCUUCAAGGGCCACACGAACGAGGUUAAUGCCAUUAAGUGGUGUCCGCAGGGCCAGCUGCUGGCUUCCUGCUCCGACGAUAUGACACUAAAGAUCUGGAGCAUGAGCCGCGAUCGCUGCUGCCACGAUCUGCAGGCGCACUCCAAGGAGAUCUACACGAUAAAGUGGUCGCCCACAGGGCCGGGAACUAAUAACCCCAACACGAACCUGAUCCUCGCCUCGGCCUCCUUCGAUUCCACGGUGCGGUUGUGGGACGUAGAGCGAGGUAGCUGCAUCCACACGCUGACCAAGCACACGGAGCCGGUCUACUCGGUGGCCUUCAGUCCGGAUGGUAAGCACCUGGCAUCCGGCAGCUUCGACAAGUGCGUGCACAUCUGGAGCACGCAAACUGGUCAGCUGGUGCACAGCUACAAGGGCACUGGCGGCAUCUUCGAAGUCUGCUGGAACUCUAAGGGAACUAAGGUUGGCGCCAGCGCCUCCGACGGCAGCGUUUUCGUUCUGGAUCUGCGAAAGUUCUGAUCGCCGGAGGAGCAGCUGUUAAAUUUCGUCUAUUAAGCAAACGCUUAUAUAGCCUGGUAUCCCUUUUUCAAGUCUUAACUUGGUGUAAGAGAAUAACAGAUUUUCAUUUUCUUCUGGAAACAACUACGUUUGAUUUCCAUUCACUAAUUAAACAUAAUUUCCCCGGAAAGAGAUCUAUCAUCAGUUCCAAUUCUGCCAACGUUAAUCGAUUUGGAACUGGGUGCCGGUUCUAUCCCGGAAGGUAUCCCGCCCUUGCAAUCUUUAUUCGUAAUUGCUUUAAGUUCUAAUUAGCUUUUUAAGGUUUAACUUUCGAGAUCCUCCUGCUUUUGUCCACGUCUUUUUCGUACGCUUAGUCCCGAGUCACACAAAAACGAGAUGCACCUGGGAUUUCGAGGGCUUCAACAUGGUUGUUCUCUUUCGAUCCGCGGGAUGCGACUCGCCUCUUUUUAAACUUAGUUAUAAGCUCUAUGUCUCUAAGGUCGUCUCUUUUUAUACAGAAAUCGUUUAGUAUAACUUUAUGCAUUUUGUUAUUGUGUCUAUUGAAGAUGCCAGCCAGCACCCUUUCUAAAAUCCUUAAACCCAGAUCAGAUCGAACCGAUUUACGCAUACAUUCAAAACAGUGUAACUGCAGCCCCACGUAGUCUGUAAUCGAACGUAGGCCUAAGAAUUAUUAAGAACACAAGAAUGGCAGAAACACAAAAACAUCAACAAAAUCCAUUAAAGAUACAAAUUAAA